UCAGCCAGGUUGACAGCAGCUCUUGCACACAGUCGCCACAUACAGGGUUUGUGAGAGUCUAAACUCUUGGAUUAUUAUAAGGAUCCCAUUGUUCCACUGUGAAACUUUGAAGGUUUUCAAAAUGAAGGAUCGACUAGCACAACUUAAAGAGAAGAGUGAUGCAGGUGGAGAAGACGUUGCGGUUCCCGUGGAGAACGAGGCCUUCAUGAAUGACUUCUUUGCUCAGGCUGAAGAUAUCCGCACCAGUAUUGACAAGAUAGAUGAGAGUGUUACAGAAAUCAAAAAACUUUACUCCAGCAUCUUAUCAGCCCCAACGCCAGACCAAAAAACACAGGAUGAUGUUGAAGCUCUUACGAAUGAGAUCAAAAAGUCAGCCAACAAUGCAAGAAACAAGCUGAAGACCAUUGAGCGUCAACUUGAGUCAAACACAGAUGAACGCGCCUCAGCUGACCUCAGAAUACGCAAGUCACAGCAUGCAAUUCUGGCAAAGAAGUUUGUAGAGGUCAUGACAAAAUACAACGAGGCUCAAGUGGACUUCAGGGACAAAAGCAAAGGACGAAUCGCCCGCCAGCUGGAGAUCACGGGAAAAACCACAACGGAUGAGGAGCUGGAAGAGAUGUUGGAAGGAGGCAAUUCUGCCGUCUUUACUGCUGGGAUAAUGGAGUCUAAGAUCAGUCAGCAGGCCCUGAAUGAGAUUGAGGCUCGGCACAAGGACAUCAUGAGGCUUGAAAGCAGCAUUAAAGAACUGCAUGACAUGUUUGUGGAUAUUGCCAUGCUGGUCGAGAAUCAGGGUGGCAUGAUUGAAAGAAUUGAAAGUAACAUGGACCAGUCGGUGGGUUUUGUUGAGAGAGCUGUGGCUGACACCAAGAAGGCAGCUAAAUUCCAGCAGGAGGCACGCAGGAAACAAAUGAUGAUCUCCUGCUGCUGCGUGAUUCUCGCUAUUAUCCUUGGCUCAUUUGUCUACAGCUUCUUUAAAUAGAGGGAGCAGCUACCAGUGAUGAGAUGAAUCAGAACUACUCUCACAAUGUGUUGACCUUACUUCAAUAGAAUGUCACCACAUAGAAAUAAAAACUGCAUGUGUUUGUGUUCUUUCAUCAUGUUGACCCUUUAGGGGGCGUCACUGAAGAUCUCAAUUUGGUGAGACCUAAAGGCCAACCGUAACAAAUCAUUGACCCUGUUUUGCUGAGGUAGCUUGAAGAGCAUUCAAUUUGACCAGUUCGACAACAUCCAGAUGUUUCAAUGAGUUUUUGUGGGCCUUCACAAUAAUAUUGUGAUGUGAAGACAAUACGGCACGAUUUGUUACAUUCUUACAUGAAGUUUGUAUCAUAAGUAUUGGGACAACAGUUUUUCUUGUUAUUCUAUAUCUAAUGUUAUGUACUAGCAUAUGAAAACAAAUUGUGCCAAUACUUAUGCUAUUGACUGCAUCCAUUGAUAUAGCUCAUGGCCUGUUGUUUGUGCAUUCAUUUUGACAACUUUUCCAUGAUUUGAAAUUUUGUUGCUUUUCAAGGUGUCUGUAGAAAACAGUGUUUAAUCUUAAUUAAAUAAAGAUUAAAUUAAAUUCUAACACAAAUAAACCCAGCUUCAUUUGAUUACAAUAAAAAUGCCUUCAUGCCCUUUGAUUUAAAUCAUUUUAGUUUUUAUUACAAAGACUGACUCCGUGUGUGAGUCCAUGUUCAUGUGUGUGUGCUCCCUAGUUCAGUGUCUGUAUGUCAGUCUCAUUUCAUGCCAUGGUGCCAUCCACGUUUCCAUUUUAUUUAUGUCUGUUCUGAAAAUGUUGUCACGGAAGGAAUUUUUCUACAAGCAAAAAACGUUUCUAUUCAGGUCAAUUGGUAGGGUUGGAAAUGAGUCCUUUUGAGUUUGUUGAUAGAAAUUAACCAAAAUCUUCACAACCUCUGACAAUAGAGACACAUACUUUACACCCUGAACAUUUGACAAAACUCACUAGAAAUAGCUUUCUGGCCCCCGACUGUAGGCACAGCCAUGUUAUAGUUGUUCACAAUCAUUUGUUCUAGCUUAAUUGUGAUGUGUACAUUUGAUACUGUCAUCCAUUAUUCUUAGAUCAUCAAUAAAAUUACUUUAUAGAA